AUGUCAAGUUUAGAGACCACUCCAGAAGUUGAAGUUGUUCCUUGGAAACCAAAAUUUGAUUUGGAUACUCCAGUGGGACGCGUCUGUAUGUUGUCUGAAAAGGACAUUGACUCUGAAUUCCAUAAGCGUUACAACAUUUACAUGAAAAAUUUGGGAUCGUACAGCAGAACCCUUGAGCGGUACUAUGAGCUCAAGACACACGAGAAGUUUGGCACCCUUUCAUGGGAAGUUUUACAGGAAACUAGUAAAGUGUCCAAUUAUCGUGUCACCAACAAAGAAUUUAUCGCUUUGGGUAUGGAGAUUAUAUCUCGUAAACUUGCAUCUCUUCCCGAUGAACUCCAACAUCUCGAGGAACAAUGCUUCCAACCACCCAUGAGUAAAGAGUACGAUGCUCUCUGUUGGAUUUAUGAGUUCAUCUAUCAGCAGAAACCUACUGCUAGUACAGUCGAGAUAAUUGCACGUAUAUUGCAGAACCAUGUUUCUGAUUUUGAAAUUUCAAGGAUUUGCCCUCAUUUGUGUGAUAUGGGAAAAAGUGACCUUUUUGCAUACUUUAUAAGUGAAUCAGUCCGGCAUGACAAAGUUUUAGCCGAAAAGCGGGACUGGAUCAUAAGGCAGGCUGCCCACAGACGGGCGUUGGUUCAGCAAAGUGCCAUGGAUAUGGCCAAAGGCGACGGCCCGAUUUACAAGGUAGAUAUACCUCACAUACAUUAUGUACCUGAGAGGAAUCAGCAAUCAGACAGCUCAACGACACCGCUGGCCGACACAAAUCCGCAAUCAGACAGCUCAACGACACCGCUGGUCGACACAAAGCUGGAAUUGACACCACCAACGUCAGGACCACAAGCAACUCGUGCGCCGAACUCCUAUACUUGGAAUCAGUUUAUGAGAGCCUGGGAUGAUUAUUUUCCCUCUGGAGUUAACAAAAACAGAAAGAAUCGGAAGCGGUCUAAGCGUGGUGGUAGAUCCAGGAGAUCUUGGUAG